GUCGGGUGGGGGUUGGCACCUAGGCGUGAAGGUGCUCUCGAUUUGCCGCCAAGUUAUGGACACUAGAUAUGAUGGUAGAAGAGCAAGAGGCCCGAGCUCGUCGUGAGUGAAGAUGCUCAACAAACACGUCUGAGUGAGCAGCCGCAUUGCCAAAAUGUAAUUGUUAAGCGUAAGCGAAGGAGGUUUGAUUCUACUGAUCUUCUAAUGAAGUGAUGAUCCACCACCCUCAGAGCGUGAUUUACGAGCAGCUAGGAUGCCUGUUGCACCAACUGUCAACAAGACAUCCCUGCGUGGACAUCCGUGACCGUAGUCUCUACUAUAUGCGGCUUCUCUAUUUCGUGUCUGCUUCGACGUACAGGCGCAAGUUGCUGGCCGCGGACGGUAAUGAUGCGUGCGACGAAAUAGAGCGGGUUUCAUGCGGCACUACAGAGGAGUCGAGUGACAGCCCUGAUGACGACUCUCGCAGUGAUUAUGGGUCGGUUAUAACUCGAGCAGAUUGUUUUUGUUGUAGGUGUACAACUCGUAAAGAAGCAUUAACAAGUGUGUCCUCUCAACAAGACUGUGACCUGGUAUUAUCCCUCUGUUCUACUUCUUUGCGUUUAUAAGAAACAAAAAGAUUGCAGGUAUCAGAUGCGCUUGGUCCAUCGCGCUUGCUAUUUGAAGACAAUUGUGCUGUGGGACUCCUCUAAUUCGCAGGUAUUCUUGCGGAUGGCGUUUUCGCUGACGACGGAGAGGACGAUGCGUCAACGACGGAUUACGAUGAGACGGACAGACUCGAAGAUGCUGACCACCAGGGCUUGAAUAGCUCGACUUUUCGCAGCAGGAAUAGCAUUAGGCGCAAUAGGAGUAAUAUAAAGGAGACAAGUAGAACUGCGUGUUACGAUUUGGAAGCACCGUCCGCAGGUGUCAGUGGCGAAAAUCACGUUGUAGUGCUGCCGACGACCAUUCGUCUCGCCGGAGGACCGGUGCCCUUUCUAUCUUUUUCCAAGUCCUUAACCGAGCGCCGUUCACUGGGCUUGAUGGACGGACAGUGCGCUGUUUUUCAGCCGCGCACGCAAAGUGAUUGCGCAUCUGAGCUGAUGGCUGAUCCCAAAGUGCAGAAAAACGAGAAUAUAGGAAAAGUACAGCUGCAAAGCCUGCGUCACUAUCGUCGCUGUGUACCAAGAGGAAUGCAGAUUCGGUUACCCUUCCGCUUGCGCUUUUUCGACGGAUCUUCAUCCUCGAAUGACCAUAGCACUGGUGAUAAAGGCGACUUCCCGGACGAGAUAUUCUCUUUAGAAAUCCGUUUUGCAUUGCCUGCGAAGCGUACUUUCGUUCCGCUGGACGAGGUUUAUGUUCCUUUCAUGGCACGAGGAAGCAAGGCGGAAGCGAUCCUUGCCGAGAAAGAGUUAUGAAGACAUCUUACCAGUUGAUAUUUAAGUAAUUACGUGGCGUUUUUAUGUCUUAUGGAUGUUGAUAGGGUCUUUCUUGCUCUGUCUUUGUUUCCUCAGUAGCUGCAGAUCUAAUGACGAUUUCAAGCGAUUCCGACGAGUUUCCACAUCGCUACAAGCUUCUCCUCAAGGUCGAAGUUGUAGAGCCUGUUUUGCAGAUUGUCGAUGUGAAUUUGACUUUUUCCGACGCCCGUGGUAACACUUACUUUGGCGCGCUGGAGUCCUUCGCUGUCAGCUUCCAGGACUUCUUUCUGCCAAUUCCGCGCUGCUUCGACGUUGCGCAUGUGUUUUUUCUUUUGUGGUCAGCGUUCGAGUGUUCUUGCGCAACGGACAGCAUCUCCUCGGCUGAUGAGGCGGCAUCCCAGGAGGAAGGCGCUUUGCCAUCGUCCUCCUCCUCACUGGGGUCGCCAUUGGAGCAAGGGGGUGGAGCGACGCGAUCACGACAAUUAAGGGCACUAGUCUUUCAUCAUGAUUCUGUGUGUCGUAUCUUCCUGACGGGCACCUUACCACUCCUUCGACGAGGUCAGGAAAGACUCGAGGCGAAGACUCAAGUCUUCGCUUCUACGGUAAGGAUGUUGAAAAAAUUGUCCUUAAUUGCGUCUAAGACAAAAGCAUGAACACUGCGAGGAGAAUCUAUUCGGUCAAGACGAGGAUCUUGAACUCGUGCAGAGUAUCAAGAUUUUUUUCGAAAAUCGCGAACGGAUUCACAGGCGGAUUCGGGAGCUCUUGUGGCCAUUUGUCGUCCCCGAGGAAGACCUCGAUGCUUUAGAGGCUUGUACACGACUAGAACCGGAAGACUACGACUUCGAACAAGAGCUCCACUUUGACCGAACCUUCACGGACGACGUCGAUCCUGCCCCACGGGUUUUCAACCCAGCUUCUAUUAAGACCUAGCCGUUGUAGUGCUAUUGAUGCAUCUCGACUUUUCGCGGUCCUCAGUAUUUAUAUUUGCAUAACAACUCGAAGGCGAACGGAAGAAAUGUAGAAAUAGAUUCAAGUUGUUUUAUAGCAGGUGCAGUGCUGCUUGCACACGAUACAAAACUUUUUUCAUUUUAACAAGGAGAGUCGUUUCUUAAAUUCUAAGGCCAAUGAGAUUGUUUUAUUGCAGGAGCGAACAAUACAAAAGACGGGACCUGGUUCCGAUAUAUGAUUUGCUUUGCCAAAGAAUGCCCAAGUACGUCUAAAUAUAAGAGCAGAAAAGGGGAGCAGAGCUAUGACACCAAAUCGGACCAGUUUGGAAAGCUGCCGCAGAACACCAGAGAGAGAGCUUGGGCGGACACGCGAGGGCAUAGUAGUGCUUCAGGCCACCAAUUGAAUUUGGAAACCUGUUGUGUUUUGAUCUUCAUUCCUCCAAAGUAUCAUUUGGCCUUGCGUUUUACGAUUUUUGAUGAUACUACUGUGUGCCGUAUCCGGACAGAUCGACGCGAACUACUUUCCUACCUGGACACUUUUUUCUGGGCAGACUUUCUGCACCCACGGUCAUUGACACAAUGAACAAAUGUUUUGGCUCAAAACAUCAUGGAUCGAAAUAUAGUGUUAUGAACAAGUACGUUGUCGAUGUUUUAGUGCAUGAACAGCGUUUGGUUUUCAUGUAUGAUCUUGUUCCAUGUACUACGUACAGGAAUUCUUACUUUCUGC